CUUGGUGGAUUGUAAAGCAAAACAGUUUAAACAACUGAUUGUCUGGAAUCGAAAACGAUUUUAAUUUGACUUUUAACACAGAAUAUAAUAGAAGAUUUUAAUAAUCAUGGCUGCAUCAAAGCCCACUUUAAUCUUUGUUUGUUUAGUAGCAGUUUUGCUGCAAUCAACAGGUUAUGUCAACGCCGUAUAUCCAUUGUUUGAUAAAUUUGCUGCUUUAGCCGCAAUUAAAAAUCCUACCACAACUUUACCACCUGAAACUGAUCCUACCACAACGAUUACCGUACCAACUGGUGAGCCACCACUGCCCGAAACACCAACUACAGAUUUACCCGAAACACCAACUACAACAGAAACCACAACCGAUACUGAGGAACCACCACCAACCACUGAUACCGAAGAACCAACUACUGAUACUGAAGAACCACCAACAGAUACUGAAGAACCACCUACUGAUACCGAAGAACCUACAGAUACUGAAGAACCACCAACAGAUACUGAAGAACCACCUACUGAUACCGAAGAACCUGAAGAGCCUAAAGAACCAGAAGAGCCCAAAGAACCUGAAGAAGAUGAUCCAGAUAAAAACCCUGAUGAGGAGGGUGGUGAUAAUGAGAACGAUGGUGAAGAGAACGAUGGUAAAGAGAACGAUGGUGAUGGUCAAGCACCAAGAUCUAUCUCCUUUUUCAAUAAAGACGAUGAAGAUGAUAUUAUCGAAAACGAAAUUCUCAAAUCUGAAGGUUCUGAUAUUGCUGAAGGACGUGCUUACCGUUCCAGUUCAUCACAAUGGCGUAGCAGACAAAGACGUUUGCGUGCCCAACGUGACAGACUUAACCGCCAACUUAAACGUCAAAGGAGAAAUUACCAAAGACAAAUUCGCAAUCAACGUCGCAAGCAAAGAUAUCAACAAUUAAGAAGACGUAACCAACAUCGCAGACAACGCAACCAACGUAAACAACGUGUACAAAAUAAACGUCGUAGGACUCAAACAAAACAACGCAACCGUCGUCGUUUGGAGCAAUGGAGAAAACAACAACAGCAACGUCGCCGCAAAGCUAACCGAAUUGCCAGACGCCGCAACGAACGCAGACGUCUUAAUCGCUUGAGAAAUCGCAUCAUGAGGAAAAUUCGCCAACGUCGCCGCCAACAAUUGAGAAGACAAAGACGCAACAAGAGACCACAACAAAUCCGUAUCAGACGUUCCCGUCGCGGUCGUCGUGUCGUACGCAGAAAUCGUCGCCGUCAAUAUUGAAAAGAAUUAAGCUCAUUGAUUAAUGGAAAUAAAAACUAAAACUUAUAUAACAACAAAAAAAAA